AGUCGAAGCUGGUGUCGCUGUCAGUGCGCGGAGUCACACGGUCUGUCUGCCUGGCAUUGUUGGGUACCGCCGCUCAUGAUUUGGAGCUUUUACUGAAAUUGAUGAAUACCUCCUGCAUGCUUAUCGCAUGGAUUGAAAGCCACGAUCCUGAUGUGAAAGAGGGGAAGAUCCAGAACACAGCCGCUUUCUUGCAUCCUGUCAGCCAUACAACUCCUGACAAUAUCAAUUUCAAGUGUCACCGAAAAACGGUCAGAAGACUUGAGCCAUGCCCUGCGUUCAGGCUCAGUAUGGAUCAUCACCUCAAGGAGCUAGUCCUGCUUCCCAGAGCUACAGCUACCACACCGCAGGAGAAUACAGCUGCGACUUCUUAACGCCAGAGUUUGUUAAGUUUAGCAUGGACUUGACCAACACUGAAAUUACAGCUACUACUUCUCUCCCAAGUUUCAGUACAUUCAUGGACAACUAUAACACUAGUUACGACGUUAAACCGCCCUGUCUGUAUCAGAUGCCCCACUCUGGAGAGCAGUCCUCUAUCAAGGUAGAGGACGUCCAGAUGCACAACUACCAUCAGCAGAGCCACCUGCCACCUCAGUCGGAGGAAAUGAUGGCUCAUUCUGGGCCUAUGUACUUUAAACCCUCCUCGCCCCAUGCCCCGAGUACACCAAACUUCCAGGUUCAGCCUAAUCACAUGUGGGAGGACCCUGGCUCCCUCCACAGUUUCCACCAGAACUAUGUUGCGGCCACGUCUCAUAUGAUGGACCAGCGCAAAAAUCCGGUGUCAAGGCUGUCGCUCUUCUCCUUCAAGCAGUCCCCGCCCGGUACUCCUGUUUCCAGCUGUCAGAUGCGGUUCGACGGGCCGCUGCACGUCUCCAUGAACCACGAAAACCCGGGCGUGCACCGCGGCCUGGACGGCCAGAGCUUUGGGGUGCCCAUACGGAAACAGGCGGGUCUGGCCUUUCCUCACUCCCUGCAGCUCGGCCACGGGCACCAGCUGGUGGACAGCCAAGUGCCAUCGCCCCCGUCCCGAGGAUCUCCGUCAAACGAGGGUCUGUGUGCAGUAUGUGGGGACAACGCAGCCUGCCAGCAUUAUGGAGUGAGAACCUGCGAGGGCUGCAAAGGAUUUUUCAAGCGCACCGUUCAGAAAAAUGCAAAGUACGUGUGUUUAGCAAAUAAAAACUGCCCUGUCGACAAACGCCGAAGAAAUCGUUGCCAGUUCUGCCGUUUCCAAAAGUGCAUUGUCGUCGGAAUGGUGAGAGAAGUUGUCCGAACGGAUAAUCUAAAAGGUCGGAGAGGACGCCUACCAUCCAAACCCAAAAGUCCACAGGAGCCCUCCCCACCCUCACCGCCGGUUAGCCUCAUAAGCGCACUUGUUCGGACCCAUGUGGACUCCAACCCCUCCAUGUCCGCUUUGGACUACUCCAGAUUCCAGGCCAACCCUGACUACCAAAUGACUGGAGACAACACUCAGCACAUCCAGCAGUUCUAUGAUCUCCUGACGGGCUCCAUGGAGAUCAUCCGGGGCUGGGCGGAGAAGAUCCCCGGCUUUUCUGACCUAUCGAAGCAAGAUCAAGAUCUCCUCUUUGAAUCCGCCUUCCUUGAACUUUUUGUCCUGCGGCUGGCGUACAGGUCCAACCCAGUGGAAGGCAAACUUAUUUUUUGUAAUGGAGUGGUGUUACACAGGCUACAGUGCGUCCGUGGAUUUGGAGAGUGGGUGGACGCUAUCGUGGACUUUUCUUCCAACUUGCAGAGCAUGAACAUAGACAUCUCAGCGUUCUCCUGUAUCGCAGCUCUGGCGAUGGUAACAGAGCGACACGGGCUUAAGGAACCCAAGAGAGUCGAGGAUCUCCAAAACAAGAUAGUCAACUGCCUCAAAGAUCAAGUGACAUUCAAUGGCGGUGGAUUGAAUCGUCCCAACUACUUGUCAAAACUCUUGGGAAAGCUCCCUGAACUGCGCACACUAUGUACCCAAGGUCUGCAGCGUAUCUUUUACCUAAAACUAGAAGAUCUAGUCCCUCCGCCAGCAAUAAUUGACAAACUUUUCCUCGACACCCUACCUUUCUGAGUCUGACUCGAUGGCGAGACCUCAAAGAACUUCCAAAAGACUGUUUGUGAGUCAGACUUGACAGAUUUUUAACGUUAUUAUUUCUGCAAGCUCCUGUAGUCUAAUAGAACAACAGUACCCUAUUAUGAGUAAGGAUUUAUGAAAAAAGAAUAAUAGGAGGAAGAGACAGAGUGUGAUUGCUGUGUAGGCCUUUUAAUACUUUGAUUGCCAAACGAGUGAAUCAUCACGGGGAAUUUCUCUCCGGUGGACAAAUUGUCAACAAAGUUAAUCCGGUUUUACAAUCACUUACUGUUUAUUUAACAUCGGCUCUACUGAUUCAGCAUACUCAUAUGUAAUAUAUUCCAUUUAUAUAUAUGAACACACACAAACACACAAACAGAGACACACACACAAACACACACUGUAUAUUAUGAUAGAUUAUGUGAUGCCUCCAGUGCAUCGGUUUAUAACAUGUGUACAAAGUUUGUUAUAAUGAAAAGAUUUAAUUUUCUUUUCUUUUCUGACUCGUGCCUAUGUGUUUCUGACAGGAUCCCAAAAAGUAUCCAGAAAAGACAACGCAUGUUCUAGUUUUCUUUUCUUGUUUCCCCCUUUUUCUUUUCUUUUAUAGGCACUUGCUGAGGUGAUGUCUAUAUAUAAUAUAUACCGGACACUAUGUAGUCUGCUAGAUUUGAUACAGAUUCGUAGUUAUGGCACUCAUUUUAUGUAUGACGCAUAUGUGGAAAAAUAUCUCAUCUGUAUAGAAAAUGAGGGACCCAUGGUGUUUGUAAAACUGUCAGACAUUCCUUGUUUGUAUGUGCUGUAAGUAUUGUUGCUGUUGAAUAUAAACGUUUCUAUAUAUUUAUUUCUAUUGCCAAGAGCUACACUAAGCAUGGUGCAAUUUAAACGAUUUCAAACCAUCCAA